GAGCUUGUAGCUGGCGUGUCGUGACGUCAACGCGAUAGUAACCGCAGGAGUGAACGCGCAGUGAAUGCGAGCGCGAGAGGAUGGAGGCCGCAGAGCAGCAGCGGAGCUCGAGUGACGGCGCGGCCGCCAGAGGAGCGGGUUUCCCGGGCAGCGGAGGCGGAGCAGGUCCUGGUGGAGGCGCGGAGGGCGAGCGGGACAGAGAACGGGCCACUUUCGAGUGCAAUAUCUGCCUGGACACCGCCCGAGACGCGGUCAUCAGCCUCUGUGGACACCUGUUCUGUUGGCCGUGUCUUCAUCAGUGGUUGGAGACGCGUCCCAGCAGACAGCAGUGUCCCGUGUGUAAAGCAGGAAUCAGCCGUGAUAAAGUGAUUCCUCUGUACGGCCGCGGCAGCAGCAGUCAGGAGGACCCCAGAUUGAAAACGCCCCCUCGACCUCAAGGUCAAAGGUCAGAGCCGGAGAGCAGAGGACCGUUUCAGGGUUUUGGAGACACAGGCUUUCACAUGUCUUUCGGGAUCGGUGCUUUUCCUUUUGGUUUUUUCACCACAGUCUUUAACACCAACAACCCUUUCCACAGAGCAGACGCUCAUUACGGAGCAGAUCAGCAAGCCAACGAAAACGCAAACAACGGCAACAACUGGCAGGACUCGCUCUUCCUCUUCCUCGCCAUCUUCUUCUUCUUCUGGAUCCUGAGCGUCUGAACGAACACACGUAUCACUCACACACACACACACACACACACACACACACAUGCACAGUAUUAGCGUGAAUAGAUCAAACACUACACCAGCUGAAGAAUCUCAGCAAAACAUGCAGAGUUUCAGCUGUAACCCCGCGAGAAGGCUUCAUUUCUACUAUAAUGAUCAUUAAACACGCUCAUCUCCUCAUUCUCUUCACUCUAAUCAGACUUCAGUUCACUUUCACUGGAGUAGAUCACGCUUUAUUUGCAUUUUGGGUUGUUUCUAAUCGUUUGUUGCUUUAUUGAGGAUUUUUGUAAAACAUUAACCAGUUCAUAUAAAUAUUUUGUCAUAAAAUUAAUGCGAGAAAUGUUAAUAGUUUAAUACUUUUAGAUCAAAUAUGUAAGUUUAUUUUUUCAUUUUGAAAUUAUUUUUCAUGAUAUACUCUAAAUUAUU